AUGAGCACCGUGACGGGACGAGAGGAUCCAGAAGAGAAACCCAAAGUCCGAAUGCUGACUCCUGGAUUUGGGAUCGAUAAAUCCCGGCUGCAGAGUUCAGGGUUUCGAUCCAAGGGUUUUGCCAUCACUGACCUUCUGGGUUUGGAGUCGGACCUGCACGCGCGCCAGCAGCCCGGCGCUCCCCCGGAUUUGGGUCUGUGUCCUGCAGGAUCCGGACCUGGAUCGGAAACGCAGGGUACCGGUGGGGCCCUGGGAGGGUUCUCGUUCCCAGGUGGCUCCCUGCCGCUCGGUCUCGGGUUCUUAUGCAGCCUGGCGGCCCAGCAGCCCGCCGGCGGUUGUUUCCUGCCGGGUCACCUGCCGCUGCUGCAGCCCCGGACCGACAGCCAGUACCUGCACCACCUGGAGGCCCAGAGGGACGCCUACUCCGAAGAAGAGUGUUUGUCGGACCGCAACGACGCCAAAAACUCCGCAAACUGCCAGAAGAGGAAGAAGAGGCGGCACCGGACAGUUUUUACGUCACACCAGCUGGAGGAGCUGGAGAAGGCCUUCCAUGAAGCUCACUAUCCAGAUGUCUAUGCCAGAGAGAUGCUUGCCAUGAAGACAGAGCUGCCUGAGGACAGGAUACAGGUUUGGUUCCAGAACCGACGGGCAAAGUGGCGUAAGCGUGAGAAAUGUUGGGGUCGCAGCAGCGUCAUGGCAGAGUACGGUCUGUAUGGUGCCAUGGUUCGACACUCCAUCCCGCUGCCAGAGUCCAUCCUUAACUCCGCCAAGAAUGGAAUGAUGGGAUCGUGCGCCCCCUGGCUGCUCGGUGAGCCGCAUGCACGAAUGCACAAGAAGUCUCUGGAAAUGGCCAAAAAGUGUUCUAACGCCUCAGAGACUGACUCCACCCACUCCACCUCUUUGCUUAACCACCUGAACCAAAGGAGCAAGGCCCAGAAGGCGGAGCAUGAGGUCAUGGAGGAGGAGCUGAUGGAGGAGGAGCUGGAGGAGGAGGUGGCCAUAGACCUGUCCAGCUCCUCCAAACAGCAGCCACAGAAAGAAGGCGGAGACCUGAGAGGCAGAGACCUGAGAGGCGGGGACUCUGAUGAACGCAGCUGAAGUUUGGAGGAGGAGCCAAACCUGGACUGACUGAUGUCAUGAGGUGGUGUUCUUGUUCCAGGUGUGCAGGAACCCUGAUGGAUCUGAUCACUUCCUCCACGGAGGAACCCCAUCCAAUGAGCAGAGCUCGCCGCGGUCAUGUGACACCUGUUACAUUAUUUAAGUGUGAGACAUUUCAGGCUCAUUUAAAACAUUAUGUGACUCUUGGUGUCAAAUACUGAUUUUCCAUCUUUGCAGUGUGGUCGCUGCAAUAACCAAAGCAU